AUGAGUCUACCUAAUACUGAUCAAAAAAAUAUCGAUCAAGUCGCCCAGUUUAACGCAGAUAUGGCCCAGCUUGCAUUUUUGAAUUCGAUCAGCCAAGAAUAUCAGCCUCUAAAUUUCACUGGUGGCCUGAUGAGCAAUUGUGCUGCAGCAUGCCUGAUAAGAGGCCACCAAGAUCAGAUAGAAAUACUUAAAAUGAUCUCAGAGCAAUCCAAAUCCAACAUGAAGAAACUUGAUUGGGUGACUUCAGAAUUGGCUCUCCUUAAAUCAGCUCAAAAGAAUUGUACAGUAAUUAUCUCUGACGAUGAAUCUAUAUCAAGCGAUUUUUUACUUGACAAAUUAUGCAAUGGCACGUCAAGUUGGGAAUAUUCCCUUAAGCUGCUUAGCCAUAUUCCAUACCCAGUGUUUAAGGAAAAAUCUUUUCAUAUUCUUGCCCAAGUAACCGAUAUGGAAGGCAAUAAAGUCAAACUAUCAACUCCAGUCCAUUUCAAAAUCUUAUUAUUCACGAACGAAAAUCCACCAAGACUAAUGGAAAAGACUGCAAAUGGAGAUAAGAUCAUGAGAGGUAUGGUUGAGGUAGAAGCAGACGAAGUUGUUAAUUAUCAAAAAGUUGUAAUUAAAGAGGUAACUUCUCAUUAUCGGCAAGGCCGCUUUUUUAUGGCUAUUGUCCCUAUGCAUGCAGACUAUAUAAAGCCUUUAAUCAUUGAGGACUUGGUGGUCAAAGCAAGAAAAGUCGGAGUCGACACUCAGCCUAGAAAAAAGCGUCAGGUGAAAGAAAGUCCAUAA